GCGUUCGCUGCAUCGCUGCGGGAGCGCGCAUUGGGGGCCUGUCCCUACGCAAUGGAAAGGGGGCGCGCCCGACUUAAAGCAGCGCGCUGUCUAGUGUUGAUGUGUCGCAGAUUUUAAAAGUGAGCCAGGCAGGAGGCGUGAGUUUGCCGUGCGGGAAGCGAAGACUCUCGGGUGGAAAACUACCACCCGGACCAUCACGCAGCGGACUCGGACACACUUUGAAGGCUUUCCCUCCCCGUCCUGCUGCAACUGUUCCGCCCGUGCGCCUCGACAACAACAAGCGGAGAUCCAGUUGAGUCCUGUUUGGAACGUGCGUGGCUGCACGAGGACAUGGAGCUGUCAUCAAUAGGAGACCAAGUGUUUGCAGUUGAGAGCAUAACGAAGAAAAGAGUGAGAAAGGGAACUGUGGAGUAUCUACUGAAGUGGCAGGGAUGGCCCCCAAAGUACAGCACUUGGGAGCCAGAGGACAACAUUCUGGACCCCCGGCUGGUUCUGGCCUACGAGGAGAAUCAGGAGAAGGUCAGAGCUCUGGCGUAUCGCAGGAAAGGUCUCAGACCCCGGAGGCUCCUGCUGCGGAGCGUUUUCCCUAUGGACCUCCGCAGCGCUCACAAGAUGCCAGACAAGCCCCCGCCCCGCUUGCGUCUCUCCCUCACGCGGUCCACGAGCACGGACGUGGAGCAGGUGUACCGCCGCACAGUUGGGAGGAGGAACAGACUGAGGGUGAGGAGCAUGGGCCACGUGCGCUCUUCCAGCCAGCAUAAGAGGAAGAAGUUGGUGCAGGUGGAGGAGGACUGGGGCGGCACCAGCGAAGACGACAAGCCGGAGUCUGAAGGCACCAUCGAGGAGAGAUGUGAAGACAGCUCAUACGGUCAGUCUGAAUGCAGCUCGCCUCUCCUGAUGGAGCGACAGGAUUUGGACAUGGAGGUGGAGGAGAAGAUAAACGUCCCUCCAGCUGCAGAUAGCACAGAAACAUGGACAGAAAGAGCAGAAGAAGCACACCAGAGACAAACCUCAGUUUGCUGCCAGCUGACAGACGUUCAGGAAAGCUUGUCAGCUUUUGAGGCUCCUCCAGAAGUUUUUGAGGGGUCAGAUUGGGACGUCUGCGAGAAAGAGGCGGAGCGUCCCAAAGAAAAGAGCAGCUGCUGUGAGAGAAGCAACGCCACGUCGGUGAUAGUGAGAGUCCAGGCGACCGGCGUGCUACCAGGUGACGCCGCUGCUACCGAAUCAGAGAAAAAAGAAGCAAAAGGCGACAAUCAGAGUGUUGCCACGACAACAACAGAUGGCGCCACUGGGAAGGUAAUCGUGACACAGGUGACGGUUAACAGCCUGACAGUGACUUUUACUGAAGCUGCAGAGGCUGAAGGCUUCUUUAAGGGCUUUGUUGGCUGAAACGGAGAUCCAGAGUAACCAUAAAUCCACUUCCCGCUCGUGUUGGAUGUGUAAAUAACCCUGUAUGUAAGGUAACUCCACAUGUUUACAAAACCACACUCUUCCAAACAUAAUUUUAUUGCCUUUGAAUUAAAUAAAUGAGUGGUAAUUUUAGUAUUGUGGCUCAUGAAUUAGAGGUAAUAAAAAGCCUGAAGUCUCUCCAGUUAUCCAUUGCCAUCCAGCAGACUUGAUGCAUCUCGGUGGCGGGUUAGAAGCCACGGGGUUUUACUGAGAACAGGCCGCAGCAGCCUGAAACAUUGCUGUUAACUACUUUGAUGCAGCUACUUCUACUUUCCAGUUGCCGUCAGUGCUUUCCAGCAGGACGUCUGUCUCGCAGUCAGAUUUGUUCUUGGGGCACGUUUCAGUCGCUCCUUUUUUCUUACUGAUUCAACCCAUUUUUGUAAAGACCUCCAUCUUUUUUUAUUUGGCACAAAGCCGAGCGCAUGCCCUGUCUGUGCCCAGCGUGCAUCUGUCCCGCCGCUUUGUUGGACGGGUUUAUUUCAGUCACAAAAGGAACCCGACUGAAGGAUUAACGCCUGCCGCUUACAUCUGCUUCUGCGGGGUGGAUGGAGGAAAAAGAUUUAAAAAAGAUGAGUGCACAGUGUUUUGCUGUCUAUCUGUGCUUUAACUUUUGGAGUUUGAAAUUCUUUCUGGUUCUAUUUUUGUAUUACCAGUUGAUAGUCUGCUCUUUUCAGUGUCCUUUGCAAAUAUCAAAAGAGGAGAACCAGAUUAGAACGCUGCUUUGAUGCUGUGUAGAUAAGUGUGCACAUGGAAGCAAACGUAGUGAUUUAUUAUUUAUUGCAUGUCACUUGUAUAAGCUAAACUAACUUAUGUGUCUCCAGCAAAGACGGAUUGUCAAUCAUGUCUUUCCUUUAUUGAAUAAAGUAAAUAUACUUUGACUGUAUUUUCAAUAAAUGCACACUAAAGUAAA